UUCAUAAAGCCGGCUCGAAAGGUCUCCUCUCGUUGCUCUAGAACAUUUGGUGGAGGAAGAAGGCGAAGAUGGGAAAGCAGCCGGUGAAAUUGAAGGCGGUGGUUUACGCGUUAUCGCCGUUUCAGCAGAAGAUCAUGACCGGUCUAUGGAAGGAUCUACCUGAGAAGAUCCACCACAAGGUCUCAGAGAAUUGGAUCAGCACUAUUCUCCUCCUCGCUCCGGUCAUCGGAACCUACUCGUAUGCUCAACACUACAUAGAAAAGGAGAAGCUGGAGCACAGGUUCUAAUCAUGGAGAUUUUCUGACCACACAAGAAUACCAUUUCUUUCUUUAUUUUUCAGUUUCCAAAAACACUUUUGAAUGCUUCCUUGCGUUUCUUGUUGAAUAAAUAUGUUUAUUUGUAACAAUGCCCUGAAGGUUUGAUCUCCAGAAUGCAAUUGCCGAAGAGCAAUUUAGUUUGAUGAAUAAAGUUUCUGAAAGACAUUGUCUAAAUCUCAUUUUAUUAGUAUGCAUACAAACCGUACGAUAAUGAAUUUUACUGGA